AUGGCGUCUCGUCAAUACAUAUCCAACGAUGUUGGCGAAGCAGCGGGGAAUCGAUCUACCGUCUCGAGGAGUAGCGAGACUCCAACCCAGCAGGACGAUAUUGAAAUGAAGAAGGCCAGAAAGAGGGAACAGGACCGUCUCUGCCAGCGACGAAAGAGAGAAAAGGACCGCGAAAAUCUGCGACGACUCGAAGCUCGACUAAAUGGAUUGCAAAAUCCGGAUGAACCCAAGGUCGUCCUUGACCUAAUCUUACGCCAUGAACAAGACCAGGAGAGACUGAAUCGUCAAGCCGAACGACUGCGUCAGAUCGAAUCUCUCAUCCGAAGUUCCCUGAGCGACAUUGGCAACGAACUAGCAUCUUCAUCCACCCCAAAUGAUAGCGUUGUGGAUGCAAAGCCGGAUGCCAAACCCGCUACCAGCUUGCCAACAGUCCCCAAUCCUCCGACAGAGGUGCCCAUGUACACGACCGUGCAGACCGCUCCUAUGCCGACAGCUACAGUUACUUCGAUGGCCAUGCCCAUCAACAACCCUGCCUUGCUGGCAUCUCAAUACCCCAUGACGAUCCCUCUCAGCAUGCCACCUCAACAAUCACAACCAACCAUGCCAACCAUGCCAGCAAUGCCAUCAUCGCCGCCUGAGAAUCAGGUAAUCAGCACAAUCACAGAUGCCAUGUCUGCAGUCCCAGGCACGGCGGCGGCCUAUACAGACGAAGCAUUCGACCAACACAUCAUCGUCAUGGUCAUGAUCCACGGUUGGGACGCUGUCGCCGCUUAUAUGCAACUCGAUCCGCUGUGGCAACUCUUACGGCAGAUUGAUGGGAAUGCUUGUUCACAAUGGAGGAAGGCGGACCGCAUGGUGGGCUUGCUUUCCUUCCGAAUCAUGAUGAAGGGCNCCGGUAUGCGCGAGCGCUUUGUCUUCGAGGGCCACAAGUACGACAAUGACACCUUCCUCCAGCUCUUCAACUCCAGCACGCGCUUCAUGUGGAAUGCGGACUUCGCCGCCACCUUUGUCCAGAAUGACAAGCAGCUGUUCCAGUUUUCAGAUGAACUGUUCAAGCGCUUCAACAACCUGAGCUGCUGGCGUAUUGAUGCAUCCUUCAUCGCCGUAUAUCCAGAAUUUGCUGGCGAUAUACCCACUUAUAACUCUGUGCCCAAGAAGGUUGAUGACAGAUCUUUUGACGGGGAGUACUACUUUGGUAGUGAUACCAACGCUGGCGUCUCACACAAUGCUUCUGGUACUGCCACCCACCCUGAAGGCCAGUGGGUAUACGACCAUGGAAGAUGGUACAUCGCAGGAACCACCACGGGAGCU